CGGCAGCUCGCGGUCCCAACGCGUGACACGCGCGAGAGCGCUUUUUCUAUAACCCAAUUGCACAUUGAUACAUACGUAUAUGCAAUAUAUAUGCGUCACGGGCGUGUGUGGUAGAACGUGAUUGCGCGAACUGUCAUGUGUGGUUAUGCGGACGUGUCCGCCGUCGCCGUCGUCGCCGCUGCAAUCUGUUGACGUGACGGGACCCGGUGGUGGUUAAGGUCCUUAGUAUAUGCGUGCACGUGGAGAAAGCUGAGAGGAUGCUGCGAUGUCAGCACGCAGACGUCACGUCGUAGGGCCUGUGGCAGACUUUGCGAUUGCGAGUUCGAGUGACUCGCGGUACUAUCACGAUGGAGACGACGCGAACAGCCGAUUGUUGAGCGAGGAGAGUGUCAACUUAGCGGGCGAACGUUCUACGGCAACGACGACGACGACGACGAUGACGUCUCGCGAUAGGACCAACGAGUUCGUCAACGCGAUCCGCUCUAUGCAGAGUAGGACCACCGCGCGAACCACCGGGAACCUGCAGAAUCCGCGUCGCGCGCGCCAGAUACAGAGCUACUCGAACUUCAUGAUGAUAGCCAAGAACAUUGGCAAAAACAUUGCCAGCACGUAUGCCAAACUGGAGAAGCUUGCUCUAUUGGCCAAGAAAAAAUCCAUAUUUAAUGAUAGGCAAGUGGAGAUUGAAGAGCUUACAAAUAUUAUAAAAACAGACCUAAAAAGUUUGAAUGUUCAAAUCGGCAAAUUGCAAGAGCUUGGAAAGUCGCAAAGAGAAAGUUAUGGGUCCUCUCAAAGUCAUCAUAUUGCCUCGCAUUCUUCCUCCAUUGUAAUGGCACUGCAAUCAAAGCUAGCAAAUAUGUCUAAUCAUUUUAAAAGUGUCUUGGAAGUGCGUUCUGAGAAUAUGAGAGAGGAACAAAGCAGGAGACAGCAAUUCACUCAAGGAUCUGUAUCCACUAUGCUUCCUCCAAGUGUCGUUUCGGGAAGACAAGGAUCUUUGUUGCUGCAGGAACAAGUUUCUAAUAAUUCCGUUGCAAUAGAUCUGGAACCAAUGAUGAAUCAUCAGUUAAUGCAACAAGCUAUGCAAGAUGAUGCUGAUGCGUAUGUUCAAUCAAGAGCUGAGACUAUGCAAAAUAUAGAGUCCACUAUAGUCGAAUUAGGUGGCAUUUUCCAACAAUUAGCACAUAUGGUUAAAGAACAAGAAGAAAUGGUUGAAAGGAUAGAUAGCAAUAUAGAAGAUACUGAGCUAAAUGUGGAGGCUGCGCACACUGAAAUACUGAGGUACUUUCAGUCUGUGACGAACAACCGAUGGCUAAUGAUAAAGAUAUUCGCGGUUCUGAUAUUUUUCUUUAUAUUUUUUGUCGUGUUUUUGGCAUAACAUUAUCGAUACUUGUUUGUAUUUACAAUAUCAUUACACUAUCAUCUUCAUAUCCACACUAUUUGUGAUAUAAAGAAACAGUUAUGAAGCAAAACAAUUUUUAUAAAGUUGCGACUCAUAUAAUGUAGGCUAAAUGAAAGGUAUUCUGUGCAUUCCUCGCCCUCUCCCUUGAAUUGUGAAUAUUGUAAGUAUUGAUUAAAUUGUACAUCGCAUCCUGCUGAGACUAAUGUAAAAAGAAAAUAUUUCUAUAGAUAAUAAAUAAUAGAUGUAAUUUUCAUCUUCUGGAGGGCAAAAAAUUUUACAAAUAAGUUAAGCGAAUAACGUUUUACAAGGAAUAUAAGCAUUCGGAAUAAAAAAAUUAAUUGUUUAUAUA